CACCCCUCCAUCUUAAUGCGAGUGAAAAGUGUUGCCGUCAUACAAACGCAUUACGACUGUCUGCUGUUUAUGUCUGUCAGGCAUUCUCACAUCACGGUGGUAACAAGUCGUGGUUACGUAAGACAGUUCCCGCUCUUUCAACGAAUCGCUGCGCUGCACUGUGCUGAUCCUAGCGCAGUGGAGAAAGUACAUACAAGCGGUGCAGUUGUGCGCAGAGCUCAGCGGGAGAAUAAUCUACUAGUCGAUGCCUCUCCGUGUGCUCUCUUAGAGAUGAAAUGCUCUGUAGUGUUGCUGCUGGGCGCUGUCAGCGUUUUUGUUGGCGACUCGGAACCUGCAAGGAUUCUGGGACUCUUCCAUUUCAAUGGGAAAAGCCACUUUACCAUGUUCGAGUCUUUACUCAAAGGUCUUGCAGCUCGAGGACAUCAGGUUUACGUAGUCGGACAUUUUCCACAAAAGAAACCGAUUCCUAACUACACAGACAUCGACGUGGAAGGCACAUUGCCUGCAAUAACGAAUAACUUCACCAUUACAAUGGCUCGAGGAUUCGGAUAUUUAAAUCUGUUUGAUUUUAUAUGGAAUACUAAUCGGGAAAUGUGUAGAAGUGUGCUGCAGCAUCCUAAAGUACAAAGCCUUAUUAACAGUGAUGCAAAAUUUGAUCUCAUUAUUACAGAGAUCUUUGGUACGGAUUGUUUUAUAGGUCUGUCUCAUCGUUUCAAAGUCCCAAUCAUUAGCAUGAUCUCCAGCGUAAUUCUGCCCUGGGGAAAUGAUCGUAUCGGAAACCCCGACCAUCCGGCCUACAUUCCUAAUUACUUUCUCCCAUACCCACAGCACAUGACGCUUGGCCAGAGAAUUAUAAAUACGCUUAUGGUAGAAGCUUUGAAACUAGGACAUUACUACUUCGCAGAAUUGCCUAUGAACGAAUUAGCAAGGCAGCAUUUUGGACAAGACAUGCCUCCUAUUGCUGAACUGAAGAAGAAGACAAGUCUUAUCUUGGCCAACAGUCAUUUCAGCCUCAACAUUCCGCGGCCCACAGUACCACCAUUUGUAGAAGUGGGUGGACUCCAUAUACAGAGCGAUGGCAAGUUACCCAAGGAUCUGGAGACCUUUAUUAACGAGUCUAAAGAUGGAGUGAUCUACUUUAGUCUCGGGUCCUUGGUUCGAGCUGAAACACUGCCUAAGGACAAACUUGAAGCGUUUAUUAGCGCGUUCUCUGAGCUACCACAACGCGUCUUAUGGAAGAUUGAUGGCAUUGCUGGCUUGCCAGACAACGUCAGGACCUCCAAGUGGUACCCACAGUUCGAGAUCCUCAGUCACCCAAAUGUGCGAGUUUUCCUCACCCAUGGUGGACUAAUGGGAACACAGGAAGCAGUGUACGCAGGGGUGCCCAUGGUCGGAAUUCCCCUCUUUGCUGACCAGGAGCUUAACAUCAGAAACUGUAUGGCGAAGGGCACAGCUGUCCUUUUGCUUUAUGAUUCCAUCACGAAGGAGAGACUCUCGAGUGCACUGAGGACAGCCCUCAGCGACCCUAGUUACCGGAAGAACGCUGAGAAGCUCUCGCGUCUGUUCCGGGAUCGACCCCAGACGCCGCUUGAGACCGCCAUCUUUUGGACUGAAUACGUCAUCAGACAUGGUGGGGCGCCACAGUUGCGUUCUGCUGCAGUGGAUCUCACUUGGUAUCAAUAUCUCCUGGUAGAUGUAAUAGCAGUGAUUGUGCUGUCCGUCAUCAUUGUAUUCGUGUCUCUGUAUGUCAUCUUCAGGAAAAUCAUCUCUACUUGUGCCGGGAGUAUGUCUAGAAAACUGAAAUCCAACUGAGAAGGAAAACGAAGUUUUAAGAAUUAACGGAUGGAAAAUUUAUUUAAUUCCUACUUUGUCUGCUGUAAAUGCGAAAUUUUGAGGUGUAAUAGCCCUAUACAGACUUAUGUUAAGAAAUGAAUUAGUGAUCGUGCAACAGUUGUUGAAUUCGUGCAUUCAUACACCUAAGUAUACGUUAGAAUAUGUACACCAGCUGAAACGAAAUUGCUAGACCACGAAUGGAAUGGCUAAUAUUCAUUCCUCUUACACCAUGAGCAUCCGUAAUUAUGAUAACCAUUGGCACUGAUGGAUGAGAGAAAAUACAGAAGAGUAACAAUAGUACUGUCGUGUGUUUCCUAGGCAACGCGACAAGAAUUGUGUGGGUCUCGUAUUUGGACGAAUAUUUUUAGUGGACAAUCACUCUUUACACU